AUGCUCUCUGCCUUUACCGCGCGGCCAAUCAUUGAGCUGCGGCCGCGCGACAAAUCCAAGAUAGAGACGAUUCUUGCACAUGGCGAUCGCAUCCUCGUCGGCCUCAACACCGGUGCGCUUCGAAUAUACAGACUCAACGAGCCCGUCCCCGCCCCCGCCCCCGCCCCUGCUACCAUCAUCGAAAACGGACAUGCCGCCAGCAACUCCAACUCCAGCAGCCUACCUCGGAACAGCGGCGACCGCCAGCCGCCGCGCCCAUCCUCACGCGGCUCCUCCCGGCCGACGGACCUCUUGCGCGAGGUCGAACGCUUCUCCACGCGCGCCAUCGAGCAGCUCGCCAUCAUCAAGGAGGCCAACACCAUCGUCUCGCUCUCCAACUACCACGUGUCGCUGCACGACCUGCAGACCUACGAGCUCGUCGACACCCUCGACAAGACCAAGAAUGCGUCGGGCUUUGCCGUCACGUCAAACAUAGUCAAGGACCCGGACACGGGCAUCCCCGAGAUCAUCUCUCGGCUGGCCGUCUCCGUCAAGAGGCGUCUGCUGCUCUGGAGCUGGCACGAGUGCGAGCUCGGCGGCGACAGCGCCGAGGUGGUCCUUGCUGAGUCGAUCCGCAGCGUGACGUGGGCCAGCGCUACCAAGGUCGUAUGCGGCAUGAAUGGCGGAUACGUCAUGGUUGACGCCCUCACGCACGAGGUGGAGGACAUCACCGGUCCAGGAGCGGUCGGCGCGGCCGGACAGAGCAGCCGCUUCGGCGCCGUCAGCAGUGCCGGUAUGGGAUACAUGGGCCUGGGCGGAUAUAUGCCGAAGCCCCUGGCAUCCAAAUUGGCAGAUGGCCAAGUCCUCCUCGCAAAGGACAUCAAUACCAUGUUCAUUGACGAUACGGGCAAGCCCCUAAAUCAGCGGCAAAUUCCUUGGGCAACCGCACCAGAGUCUAUCGGCUAUUCGUACCCAUAUAUCGUGGCCCUUCAGCCACCAGCAAAAGGCUCACUCGAAGUGCGAAAUCCAGACACCCUUUCUCUCGUGCAGACGAUAUCGCUUCCUGGUGCUGCGCAGUUGUACUUUCCGCCCCCAAACGUAAGUCUUGCGCACGCCGGCAAGGGCUUCCACAUCUCUAGUGAACGAUGCGUGUGGAAAAUGGGUGCCACGGACUACGAUUCGCAAGUCAAGGAACUGGUUGAUGCUGGUAAUUAUGACGAGGCAAUCAGCAUCCUCAAUUUACUGGAGGAUGCGCUGCUGAAGAGCAAGAUGGAGACCUUACGAGAGAUCAAGAUGCAAAAAGCCGAGAUUCUCUUUGGAGAGAAGAAGUAUCGCAAGGCAAUGGACUUGUUCAACGAGGACGAUGUCCACGCACCACCAGAGCGGGUGUUGGCCUUGUAUCCUCCCGUCAUAUCGGGUGAGCUCUCCAAAUGGGCUGGCAAGGAGGAGGCCAAGAAGUCUGGCGAUACCGACGACACCGCACCCCAGGCCAGUGUCGAAACGCAGCGGAACUCCGAGGACGCCGGUGAGAGCACUUCUGCAGUCGGCCGUUUCGCGGGCUAUUUUAUGGGGUCCCAGCGUAAGACGGCGACCGAUACAGGGUCGAUCAUGUCUGUGAAGAGGGAGGCUUCCGAUGCCGCAGAUGAGAAGGACUCCGCAGACUCCACGGCAGCGGCAGCAGACAGGCCUCUUGAAGGUAAAGACUUGAUGAAGGCUGUCCUUGAGCUGAAUGGAUACCUGGCCGGAACACGUGCACGCUUGCAGCGUGUCAUUGACCCAGCUACCGGACUCCUCAAACCUAGAGACGCGGCCCCGGGCGAGGAUGCUACGGACCGAUUCCUCCGAAUGGGUCAGAACGAGACCGAAGCGCAACUUCAAGAAAAGCUCCAGGGCACGUUCCGCCUUGUCGACACGACGCUCUUCCGCGCCUACAUGCUCUCGCAGCCGUCGCUGGCCAGCUCGCUGUUUCGCAUCCCCAACUUUUGCGACCCGGAUGUGGUCAACGAGAAGCUCGUGGAGCAAGAUCGCUACAACGAGCUCAUCGACUUUUUUUACGGCAAGCGGCUGCACCGGGAGGCGCUGGCGCUGCUCGUCCGGUUCGGUGCCGCGGCCAAGCCCGACGAGCGCGCGCCGGAGCUACUACACGGUCCUAACCGCACCAUCCAGUACCUGCAGAACAUGCCGCCGUCCGAGAUUGACCUGAUACUCGAGCACGCUGGUUGGGCACUGCGCGUGAACCCGGCGUUUGCGAUGGAGAUUUUCACGGGCGACACGGAAAACGCCGAGACGCUGCCGCGGGAGCGUGUAGCGGCCUUCCUGCGGACCAUGGACACGGCGCUGGAGCGGCAGUACCUGGAGCACGUGGUCAUGGAGCUGGAGGACUCGACUCCGGAGCUGCACAACAGGCUCGUGGAGCUGUACAUUGCGGCGCUGGAGGGGACGAAGCGCAGCGACGGGGAGUGGGAGUCGCUGAUGGAGCGCUUCAUCAAGUUCCUACAGGCGCCUAAUCCGGUGUACAGCCUAGGCAAGGCGUUUUCCACGAUUCCAAGAAAUGAUCCGUCAUUCUACGAAGCACAGGCUGUGGUGCUAAGCAACAUGGGCCAGCACAAGCAGGCCUUGGAGAUCUUUGUCUUCAAGAUGCAACACUAUGCCAAGGCAGAAGAAUACUGCAACCGUAUUCAGCGACAGGCUCCCACUCCGUCGGCCAACGAUACAUCAGAAGACGGCGAUGAAGAUGAGGAAGACACACCAUCCAUCUACCACACGCUCCUCUCGCUCUAUCUCCAACCUUCAUCCCCACACAAGCCGCAGCUAGAGCCCGCCCUCGAUCUUCUCUCCAAGCACGGGGCACGACUACCCGCCGCCUCGUCGCUCAGCCUCAUCCCCGACGACCUGCCAGUGCGCGCGCUCGAGUCAUACUUUUGCGGACGGAUCCGGUCGGCCAAUAGCAUGGUCGCCGAGGCGCGUGUGGUGGCGGCGCUGCGCAAGGCCGAGGGCAUCGCCGUCGCCGCGGAGCUGCACGUCGGCAGCAGCAACGGCGCGGCAGCGGGACGCAACAGGCACGUGGCCAUCACGGACGAGCGGCUGUGCGUGGUCUGCCAUCGGCGUCUGGGCGGCGGCAUGCGUGUCGGCGGCAGCGUGGUGGCGGUCAUGCCGGACAACACGGUGGUGCACUGGGGGUGUCUGAGCAGCGUCGGGGGCGACCAGCGGCCGAAGACGCCGAGCUGGGCGGCGCGGCACUCGUAG